AAACGCUUUCUUUAACCAUUCUUUUGGAAAUGGAGCCUGGACAACCGAUUGCAUUGCUUCACCAUAAUGAGUUCUUGUUUGUUGAGGAAAAUACUAACCUUUUAGAAGAAGGCUCGAGAAACUUUUCUUCUUUCAAGGUUUUUAAUUUAAAGGAACCUAUCGACAGCAUUACCUUGUCAGCGUUAAUAGUUCCACAAACGUUUAAACAAUUUUACUCAUUUGAAGUCUCAGAAUAUAAUGGCUCCUCGGCAAAGGCGUGUGAAAAUUCACUUUUUAAACAAGACACAUUUAGAUGUGGUCAACUUGUUGCACAAUGCCAUAACAAAUCUACAUUAUAUGUCGGAAAACGGUCUUAUGGAUUGGAUGAUGAUGUAUCAACAGUAGUUGAAGAUACGGGUUUUUUAGAUCUCGGUGAUGUUGAAUGGCUUACUCGAAAAUUACACGAAAUGGCAUUGCUAUUUCAAUCAAAAAAUGACAUACCUUCUGAUGUGUUGGAAGGUCUUUUUCAUUCUAUUUUUCCAAGACGCGUUACAUCUUUGAGCGUUAUUGAAGGAGUUGGUAUUUUGAUAUCCGCUAUGGAUCAAAGACUCAGAUUCAAUAUCAUAAGAACCGUUUUUCAAAAAUUAGCCGAAUUAAUUAAUGAUAACAAUUUAAGGGCUAUAGUGAUGGAAAAUCGAUUUGUAAGUCAGUCUGAUUUAACUGAGAUCUAUAGAAAGAAAGGUUUUAGGGAUAUUUGUAAAUCACUCAAUACUUUAAAGAAUUCAGAUGAACAAUUUAAAAGAAUAAUUUCAGCAGAGAAAUCUUAUUUUACAACUUAUAUUGAUCAUAUUUAUUUAAUUAUUGAGAAUAUAUUGACUAUCCUCGCCAGAGAACAGUAUGACCUACUAUCUGCUCGCCUAGAGAUUCUAGUAAAAGCAAUUGAAGAUUUGAUGAAACUCACAGAAAUAAUAUCGGUUAAAUGCAAUGAUCAUCUUAAAGAAAUUGAAACCGAAGAAAAAAAUGCAAAAGUUAGGGCAUUGGUACAUUUAGGGGUUGCUGCUUUUGAAGUUUAUUAUGGUGUCUCAAAAUACAAAUCUCAUGGUACAGUACAGAGGGUUUGCGAAGCAGCUUUGUUUGUUACAAAUGGUUUCGCCUUCGGGUUCGCGCUGGCCGCUAGACAAGACUUAAGCAGAACUAUAGAACAACAAAAUAAUGCACUCAAACGGUUACAUGAAUUUCACCUGACGCUUACCAAAAUGACUCAGAAGGGAAGAGUAGUCCUAGAUCUAAGUGGAGAAGAAAUGUUGGAUCAACGAAAUACAAUUAUUGAAGAAUUUACCGAAUUUCGGAUUCAAUGUGAAAGUUUCAAGGAUGUGUUGGAUGAUAUUGAAGAAUGA